AUGUCGCUGACUUUGCCCGGUGGUCGAUUUGCGGAAGGUGCAGCCUUCAAUGGCCAAGUACGCGGUUCGAAUGCGCAAAUAGAUGUAAUUUGUGGGCCCUUAAUCAAUUUCAAGAAUAUGGAUGUCACUCCUUCCACCUCGAUCUGGCGUGGAAGUGUUCUGAUUGUGACAAGCCCUGGUCAAAAGCAGCCGCAGCUCGUUUUGCGCCAGGCUGGCCCGGUCGAGGGUAAUGCCUCGGUCAAGGGGGACUUAUACAAUAGCCAAAGCAGUACGAUCGACGGUCUUCGCCUUUUCGAAGAUCCAUCGAAAGCAUUCUGGCGAUUUUCGAUCUCACUACCUCUCGAGUCAUAUGAAGCGCGCUGGGAGUACAGUAUUCCAGGUUUUCGAUAUGUGGAGGGACAGGGAGUGAGAUCGUCUUGGGAUUUCGUGGUCCCAUCUAUAAACCAAUCCAUGCGCCUCAUGUUUCAUUCCUGCAAUGGCUUCUCCGUUGGCACAGAUAUGGAUGCCUGGAUCGGUCCAAACCUGUGGAACGAUGUGCUGCGCGUUCAUACGCAAAGACCCUUUCAUGCGAUGAUUGGUGGUGGUGACCAGCUCUACAAUGAUGGAAUCCGCGUCGACGGCCCAUUGAAGGAAUGGACCUCUAUCUCCAACCCCCACAAAAGACGUGCGCACAAUUUUGAUAAUGACUUGCGAGCUAGAUGUGAUGAGUACUACUAUAAAAACUACGUACGAUGGUAUUCUACUGAACCGUUUAAAGCGGCAAAUGGACGCAUACCUCAGAUCAAUAUCUGGGACGACCACGAUAUAAUCGAUGGCUUCGGCUCCUACACAGAUCACUUCAUGCGUUGUUCCGUCUUUCGUGGCAUUGGAGGCGUUGCCUUCAAGUAUUACUGCUUGUUUCAGCAUCACGUCGCACCGCCCAGGUCAACCUACACGACGGAUGCCCCGCAGACCAUGCAUGCAGUCAAUGGAACAGCAGGAGCGGAUCCUCGACAGUUGGAGAACACCUUUGUCUUGGAAAAUCAGGCCGAGGACGAUAGCUGGAUAGUUGGAAAGCGGCCAGGCCCUUAUGUAGAGGAGAAGAGCAGGAACUUGUACAUGCGUCUCGGGAAGCGGAUCGCCUUCAUCGGUGUCGAUGCACGCACGGAACGCACCCGCCAUCAGGUGAAUUAUCCUGAUACAUACGAUCUCAUAUUUUCUCGACUUGAGCACGAAUUGACCGCAGCCAAUGGUGAUAUUAAGCAUCUGGUAGUGCUUUUGGGUGUCCCUAUUGCUUAUCCGCGCCUUGCAUGGCUGGAGAAUAUUCUCAGCUCCCCAUUCAUUGCGCCAAUUCGCUUGCUCAACAAGCGGUUUGGGUUUGCAGGCGGCUUGUUCAACCAAUUUGACGGCCAGGUAGACCUGCUUGAUGAUCUAGACGACCACUACACAGCUCGUCAGCACAAGCGCGAACGCAGGUUAUUUAUUCAACGUCUCCAAGAACUAGCUAAGGUUUAUUCAGUUCGGGUUACGAUCCUGGGUGGAGAUGUGCACUUGGCAGCUAUUGGACGUUUUUAUUCGAACCCUAAUCUCGGUCUUCAAAGUGUGAACGACCCUCGAUAUAUGGUCAACAUCAUCAGCAGCGCGAUCACAAACAAGCCACCUCCGAAGGCAGUUGCGAAUCUUUUAGCCCGAAGAAAUAAGCUCCAUCAUCUCGACCCAAAUACCGAUGAAACGUUGAUGGACAUGUUUGAUCAACAGCCAGGAGGUCAGGAGAAAAGCGCUUCCUGGAACAAGGUGACAAUGCCAUCACGCAACUAUGCAUGUAUCACCGAAGUUGAUACCCCCUUCGCCAAUGGGGGUGGCCCAAUACAACAGAACGAUAGUACAGUGGUACCGCUGCCCAAAGACGGCCACUCUCCCCUCCAUGCGGGGGAGACCAAUGCUGGUGCACAACACUCUGCAGCGGAUGGUUUCAGCAACAAUAGCGGCAUAUAUGGCGGUCUGGAUGUAGCCAUUCGCGUAGAAAUCGACCCACAAAACCGGGAAGGGGUCACCGAAGGAUAUGGAUUUAGCAUUCCUCUCCUGGCAUAUGAUCCAACCAAAGACAAUGCGCGCCCGACGUCGCAGGGUCAUUCCGUACGUUCUGGAUCCCACCACGCUGAGUCGCCUCCCCAGUCUGCUCGCCCACAGACUGCUGUCAAUUAA